AUGGUUAGAUCUUCACUCUGCUCUCGCCAUAACCAAUUUUCAAAUCUUUCAAUAACCAUCAAUAUUAACACAUUUAACUCCCAAAUCCGACAAGCUGUAAAUCAAGACAACCCCCAAAAAGCCCUAACCCUGUUUCGCGAGUUGAAACAAUUAGGGUUACAACCCAACAACUUGACCUUUCCUUUCCUAUCCAAAGCCUGUGCGAAGCUCUCCAGUCUCGGACACUCUAAGAUCAUCCAUACCCAUGUCAUAAAAUCACCCUUUCACUUCAAUGUCUUUGUCCAGACAGCUCUGGUUGACAUGUACAUGAAAUGUCAUCAGGUGGAGUUAGCAUACAAGGUGUUUGUUAAAAUGCCUGAGAGAGAUGUUGCUGCUUGGAAUGUGAUGCUUUUGGGUUUUUCUCAACUGGGGUUUUCGGAUAGAGUGUUUUGGAUGUUUCGCGAGAUGAGGUUUGAUGGGAUUUUGCCAGAUUCAGUUACGGUUAUGGGAGUGAGUCGAGCGAUAUUGGCUGUUAGGGAAUUGGAGUUAGCUAAAGGGGUUCAUUCGUAUGGGGUUCGUAGUGGGAUAGACAGUGAGGUUUCUGUUUCUAAUACUUGGAUAUCUUUGUAUGCUAAAUGUGGCGAUUUGGCGAUGGCUGAAUCGGAUGCUGUGGGAUGGAUUUUGUCCUGA